UGCGGCAGUUUUGUCUGUUUUUCUGUUCUAUUAGUAGUAUAAAACAACCCCGUCGAUUCCAAUUCUAAUUCAUCGGCAAAAAAUACUUCACAAACAUCAAAUCUAAAAGAAAAAAAAAAAUCAAACAAAGCAAAGCAAUAAUCUGAAGAUGAGUGCUACGAGCAAGACAUGGAUGGUGGCAGCGAGCAUUGGAGUCGUUGAGGCAUUAAAAGAUCAAUUAGGCGUCUGUCGGUGGAACUACGUUCUCCGUUCUAUGAAUCAUCAUCUCCGUAACAACGUCAGACCCAUUUCUCACACCACGAGAUUCUCCUCCUCCGCUUCCGCCGCCGUUACUCCCGUCAGUAAUUCGAAACAAGCUGAGGAAUCACUCCGGACGGUCAUGUACUUGAGUUGUUGGGGUCCCAAUUGACGCUGACGGAUCGACAAGUUUCUUGACAUCAGAGAUGCAAAAUUCCAAAUCUGACGUUCGCCAAGAAUCUGGAGGAGUUUGCAUAUGGCCGACUCGAUUGGGUCCAAGAUGGUCUCAACAGGAGUUAAACGAGUCACUUUUGUGUUUAGUGGCUGCGAUGUACAUAGUAUAAAAUACUCUUCUAUGUAAAGCCUUAAACGGGCUCUUUAAUCAGUCGAUUAAUCUAAUCUCAAAGUUCACACAGAAUUAAUCCAA